GUACAGAAAAUAUGCGUCUCUUCGACCAACUCAGGCCGAAAGUCUACGCCUUUUCUUAACUUAUCGUAGCGGUAAAUACAUCUCCCUGAAUGCUGGUCAACACACUAUUGGUGGCAUACCGAAGAAAAUUGCGUCGUACUUGAAAUUAAGUGAACCGGAAUUGUAUACCGGUCAUUCUUUUCGCCGCUCAGCGGCAACUAUGGUUGUGGAUUCUGGGGGAGACAUUUUGGCACUGAAACGUGCAGGAGGCUGGAAAUCUAGUGCUGUUGCAGAAGGAUAUGUGGAAGAUUCAAUUAAGCAGAAGCUAGAACGAGCAAAAAAAUUGUUUCUAGUUCCAGAGCCGACAAGUGCUUCCUCCAGUUCCAAAUACGCCUCCACAGUUUCAGAAGAAACAAGUGAAAAAUUUAAUGCUGCUCUCACUCCGCAUGAUGAGUGUCCAAAAAGCCUAGCCAACAACUUCACCACCUCCAAUCAACUCAGAAGAAUGUUGGAACCCUACGCCCCCAGUUCGAUAUGGCUUGUGGUGGUAGGAUUCGUAAUCGCCUUCAUCCUGGCCUUCGGCAUCGGAGCCAACGACGUCGCCAACUCCUUUGGGACCAGCGUGGGCUCCAAAGUCCUCACCAUAGUCCAGGCGUGCUGUUUGGCCACGGUUUUCGAAGUGGCCGGUGCUAUUCUCAUAGGUUACAAGGUCUCGGACACCAUGAGGAAGGGCAUCCUGGAUAUCAAAGUGUACAAUGACGCCGAAGUCGAGCUUAUGUUGGGCUCUCUGAGCGCUUUGACAUCGAGUGCCGCCUGGCUGAUGGUCGCAACGUUCUUCAAGUUGCCCAUUUCAGGGACUCACAGCAUCGUGGGCGCGACGGUGGGGUACAGUCUCGUCGCCAGGGGGACCAGGGGCGUGCACUGGGGCACGCUUGCCAAAAUUGUGGGGUCCUGGUUUAUCUCCCCGGUGCUGAGUGGUGUAACUUCAGUCUGCAUUUUGUUAAUUAUAAAGUACUUGAUUUUAUCGAAACCUGAUCCUCUCGAAGCAGGUCUCUUCUCGUUGCCCCUUUUUUACAGUUUUACGAUAUUAGUUAACGUUUUUUCCAUCGUACACGAUGGUCCUAAAUUGCUCUACAUGGACAACAUACCGUUUUGGUUGGCGACUACCAUAAGUCUUUCCAUCGCCUUUCUCACAAUGAUUUUCAUCUGGUUGGUGGUAGUUCCUUGGCAGAGACGGAAAAUCAAAGCUGAUUUGUUAGCCGAGAAACCGACUGUUAAUUUCAACAUUGGCGAGUCUACAGAUACGUCACCUGAGGGCAGUCCACGAAAAUCGAAUCGCAACUCAACGGCUUUAUCUGAACGUCAAUUAACCGUAAUAUCCGAAAGUACCGAACUUCAAGCCAUGGAAAAUAAAAAAACGGCCGCUAAAUACAUCUUCCCACUGCAAACCAAUGAUAACAAAAAUGGUUACAUGCCGGCUAAAGAGACUGAAAUCCACACCAGACCUAAGACUUUAAAACUGGUCGAAAGUACAAACGAAGUGAACCCAACUCUGUCUCCAAGCUCGAGUGGAGUUCCCUUAAUUAUUAAUAAAAAUACUAGAACACAAAGUGACCAAGGAAUGUGUGCUUUAGAUAUCAAAGAUAACGAAAGCACUCUCGUUGAAAAUAAAAGCGUCUCCAAGUUGUUCAGUUUUUUGCAAGUUUUAACUGCCAUGUUUGGUAGCUUUGCUCAUGGAGGAAAUGAUGUCAGUAACGCAAUAGGCCCUUUAGUAACUUUAUGGCUCAUCUAUACCGAGGGAACAGUGCACCAAAAAUCGGAGACUCCUCUCUACAUCUUGCUGUUUGGAGGGUUUGGAAUUUCAGUCGGAUUGUGGCUUUGGGGGAGGAGAGUUAUACAAACGAUUGGGGAAGAUUUGACCACGAUAACCCCCUCAACUGGUUUUACGAUUGAAAUCGGUGCAGCUUUUACAGUAUUACUAGCCAGCAAAAUCGGAAUACCCAUCUCGACCACCCACUGUAAAGUCGGAUCAGUUGUUUUCGUCGGUUAUUUCAGUUCUUCGAAAAAAGGAGUAGAUUGGAGUCUAUUUAGGAACAUCAUCUCAGCUUGGUUGAUAACAGUGCCCAUUGCAGCUUUACUCUCUGCUGCAACCAUGUUUCUUCUACGUUACAUUGUUUUGGAUUAAGACACUAGUAGCUAAAUCAACAGAUAAUACAGGAUGGCGCAAAAGUAUGUUUUCAAUUUAAACUGGGAAAAACAAAUUAAUUUGUAAAUAAACUAGAUUUUCUGGUUUAAGGAUAUACUACUCGGACACAGCUUUAAAAUAAAUUCAGUUUAUAAAAAUUUGCUACUCUAUCCGUCUCUUAUAAUAAAAAUCUUUUUGGAAUUGCAAACAACCCCUUUGGGAAAAUGAAAACUCCACUACAAUCAAUUAUAAGGUUGAUGAAUUUCUAGUACAAAUAUAUUUAUAUAAAAAUAUUUUUUAUGUAACAUUUUAAUUAAUACUAAUUUUUAUUUUGGAAGAGAUACUACAAUGUGUUUUUAAAUAAUUCUCAUCUAGUUAAUUUUAAAAUUAGUUUACAUGUAAAAAAAAAUUGUGCCGCUCUGCUCAAUUAAAUCAUCAAGUCAACAAACGUCAAAUCUGUCAGUUGUGAAAUUCAAUCAAUUUCUUUUAAAAUUUUCAUUAAAAUGCAACUAAAUUGGUACACUGUACAAGAAUAGUUAUUUAUUUAAUGAGUUUGAGUGUAAAUCAGACGCUUUAUUUCACGAGUGGAUUUUUAAACCACGAGGCGAAAUAAAUGAACCGAUUUACACAAAAACGAGUUGAAUACAACAUUUUAUUCUUCGAAAUAGACGCAGCAAGGCUUAAAAUUGCUUUAAAUUUGUUUAAAAUAAUCUGACGAUUCGUUCUGAGAAAUGCCAAACAGUUGUCAAAACUUCCUUACACAGGAGAAAAACCGUAAAUUUUGACAGUGUCGAAGAAUAAAAUACUUUUAUCAUCUAAAGCUUAUUUCCGAAUUGAAAAAUGGCGCAUUUGAAUUUUUCGGAGUGAAAAAUAAAGCACAAAGUCAGAAUUUCUGUAAAAGAAAAAAAUUCUGUGUUAAACUGAAAAAACAAAAUAAUAAUAAACAAAAUGGUUCAUUUAAAAUUGGACGUUGUUCUUAAUAUAAUAAAUGAAACUAGUUUUUUAUAACCACAAUUUAAAUAUAUGUUAAUGAUUACUGAUUUUUAAAUUAAAAACUUAAUGUUCAAAUAUCAUGAAAAAAAACAGUAGAUCAACUCUAUAUUACCAAUAUUAAAUUUUUUUUUUGUAUAAGUACUGUUUUUUAAUAAAAUAAAAUGUAUAAAAAUUUGUUUUUUCAUUUUAUCUUGAAACGGGACACUUUUUUUUCAAAUUCAUAUAUACCGGGUGCUCAAAAACCGGCGCACCAACUCAAUGGAGUGUGGUAGAAAAGUGGUUACAUAUAAAGGUAAAAAUAGUAAAAAAAUUCUUUGCAUUAAAGUUAUUGAUAAAUAUCGGAUUUUAAAUAAAUGAUAUGUGGCAACGUUGUCUUACAGUCGUGAUCGCAAUAGAAUUUGAUCAACAAUAAAAAUAAAUUAUUUUUAAAACGGUUUCCUAGGAAAUAAUUCCCAGCGUUGGCACAUCUACAAAGUGUGAUUUUUUUGAAGAAUUUUAUUUUUUUUUUUAAUUAAAAAAACUGCUAAACUCUAAUAGGAAAUCUAAAAAUAGUUAUUCAUCUUUGUGUUAGGGAACGAUUAUUUGGUGUGAAACAUAAAAAAAUUAAAAAAUAAUGAAAACUGAAGAAGUUAACAAAAUAAAUUUGUAGCUCCAGAUUUUUUACAAUAUGACUUUAGGAAUUUUUUCAAGAUUUUUCCCGUGAUCUACACAUGCUUUUCAACAACGUACCACUGAGUUAGUGCGCCAGUUUUUGAGCACCCUGUAUUAUUGCUACUCAUCUACAUAUAUUAUUGCUACUCAUCACACAGUUACAUAUGUCUUCAAUUGUUUUAUGCGAUUUGAACGUUACGUUUUUUCAUAAAUAAUAACACUGAAUUUUAAACCCCUUACAAAUUCGAUUUCAAAUAUUUAAAACCAAACAUUAACUUACUUGUGACGUUAUGUUUUAAUUUAGGAGCAACAACCAAUCGUAAAGGAACCAUCUUGUAAUUUUUCGUAAAACUUCAACAUAAAAUUUGUUAAUUCGAACAUUCGUUUGAACAGGCCCUCUUUAACUAAUAUCAAUAUAGUUCAACCUUAACUCUUACUUCUUCGUGGGUUGAAUUAAAGUAUAAACGAUUUUUUUGCACAAUUUGUGUACCUCUUGAAAUGUACCUUAGAAUUUUUUAACCACACUGUCCGAAAAAAUUUUACACUAACUUUUUGGUCAUUUGAAAAAAACAUUUAAAGCCACUGAAACUUCAGAAACCUUAAAAGUUCAUACAAAUGUAAAUCUUCUAUAGGAAGUAAAAUAUUUGAACGAAACAGCCAAGAGAAUCAAAUUUAUAUCAAAUACAAAAUUCUUCGAUUUGGUUCUUUUUCACCCCAAAGCUGUGGUGUUUUUUAUUACUCACCAUUAUAAAACUUGUAACUAUAAAACCCUCUAAAAAUAUUUAUGGUUGCACGAUUUGUAAAAAUUCUGGACUGAUUUUGCGCCACCCUGUAGUACUUACGUCUACUCAAAAUUUUGGAUAUUUGAGGUUGUAGAAGCGUCGCUGCAGUCACUAAAAUAUAGUACCUUCGAAAAUUGACUAGAAAUUUUGCUUCAUUUAAAAUUGGUCAAAAAAACAUCCCUUUAGAGCACUGCAUAAUGGCCUAAGACCGACUUCGUGCACGUAACCUCCGAGUAUUAUCUGCAUGAUCGCAAUUUUAAAUCAAUGUUGGUUAACAAGGUGUUAGACUAGACAAUUUGGACGUAGACGUCUCUUUGAACCACCUCGUAAAAAGUCUCUUAUUUUUCUAUUCCUGUGAAACCGCUUAGAGGUUUUGCCUAACCCAGGUAUUUAAAUGUAUAGGUUGUAUUUAUUACGGAGUACUAUAUAUUAGGAUUCGAAACGACGUACAAAUAAAACGUUCCUGUUUUCGACAAUUCCGUUAUGUUGAUUAAUUCUAACAUUUGGAUUUUCUUUAACUCUAGUUUCCUUGUUUCGUUCGUGAAGUUCAUUUAAAAUUUUAAAUAAAAAAUACAUUCUAGUCAAAAGAAAAAUCAAAUUAAUGCCUUCAAGAUGCUGUACUACUUAUAGCUGUAGCAAUUCCUUUUGUUGAAACUAUAAGCUGAUUUCAAUUUGCCAAUAAGGUGAAUACGAAUGAAGAUGCAAAAAAGUGAAAGGAAUAAAGUAGUAUAGAAUAAAAUUUUCUCAUUAACAGUUCAACGACACCGUAUUUAUUAUAUCCAAAAGGUUUAAAAUAAUGAUAUGAUCUCGCGGAUUUUUGUAACGAAAAUUUAAUCCUCUAUAAUUUUCUUAUUAUUUUUAACCGUAUUUGCAACGUUUUGAAAAGUUCAGGAUGAACAGCUAAUUUCAAUUGUUUUAAUACUUUUUUUCUUUUAUAUUUCUCGCGAAAAUUUUAGUCGUCAGUUUUUCUAAGCCUAUUAUGAAUGCAAAAGCCCAUUAAAAUGGUACCGUAGGUAGUAUAACGCUGGAAACAACCUCAUUUUAAUUCUACCAUACUGUAACUUUUGGGUGCGAUUUUGAAUAUCGUUCAGUCUCCUAAUUUAUAGUCCUCCGUAGUUGUAAUAUUUUUGUAUUAUUUGGCGAACUAGAUUCUAGUGGCAUGUCUGUGAUUGAAAACUAAUUUUGCCAGUGUCUUGUUCUCGUUCGAAACAAUUGUUACAAAAUAUUGUCAGUAAAACAAAUUGGUUUUGUCCGGCAAUAUUUUACGUAAUUUAUUUUUUUCAGAUAUAUUUUGUAUCGUAUUGUUAACAACUUGACGAAUGUACGGCACAUGUCAAAUUAAAAGGAUAGCGAUGAAUAAAUUAGAAACCAAAUAAAGUUUUAUAAAAAAUA